ACUGGCAGCUGACUCCAGAAAUUUGGCGGGCAAGGGCAGUGCCAUUGCCUAACACAGAUGGUAAGCUGAGCUAUACCAAUGGCGUUAGAAUUGUUAGAGACCGGCGUUGUGAGCAACAUCCCAGCCCUGACGACCGUCGACAGUUCCGACGAAGAGGAUGUUUUGACUCCCAAAAACAAGAAAUUUUCACAGAAGAAAAGGCUCGUUCUUAGCGAUGAUGAGGAUGAGGUGACACCUGGAAAAUCUCCAUCAAAAUCGGACAGCAAAUCGGCGUCUGAGAGCGAAGAAGAGGAACAACUUGUGAAGGUAAAUAAAAAGCGAAGCAGACUUGUGUUGGCUAAUUCAUCGAGCGAAGAGGAAAAAGAAAAAGAUGAUUCGGAUGGUGAAUCGCCUACAAGUAAAAAGGAUUUUGGGCUGAGAAAAUUGGAAAAGAAGAGUUUUGAUAUGCUGAAGAAAAAGAACAAAGUUCAUCUUCGAAACUCUUCAGACGAAGAAAGCUCCGAAAGAGAUGGCGAUGAAGAUUCUGAAGUUCAGACUAAAAACCAGAAGAAAAUCCUGGACAACCUCCGAGCUCAGUUUGGGAGCGAAAGUUCUGACGAGGAGGAACGAUUAAAUAAUGAUUGCCUUCAAUCCAAUAUGUCGAAUCACAGUGAAUUGGAAGUCAACACUAAAAAGAAAGCUGCUCCUCAAAGAAAGUCUGCAGUUGCGUGCCGAGCUGCCAUGGAAAAAGAGAAGCAAAAAAUGAUAAGUGAAAAUCAGAGAAUGGUCCGAGAAUCUGCAGCCUCACUUCCAUAUCAUAAGCCAAAGCAGAGGUCCCUGAAGGAAUUUCUUUCAGCUCGUCCCAGGGCAAGCUUAGAGCUGAAAGGAGCCAAGCCUUCAAGUGUGGACAUCACAGUUAUUGGGAAAGAGUUGGAACAGACAGAAAAGCUGGCUGAAGAGUUUUACAAGGCAGAGUCUGAAGAGGAGGAAGAAAGUUUAACUCCGCCAGCAAUUCCAUCCCCAAGCAAGAAAGAAGAUGUGGCUGAAACGGUUGUUGCUGCCAAUGAAGCAGAAGAAAUGAAUGAAAGGGUCAGUGGAGUUGAAACUGCCAAAAAAACACUAGACUUUGACGAACUGAGUGAAAAACUUGACCUUUUGGAGAAGGCGCAAGGGUCUUCUGACACUGAAAUGAUUCAACAAAUUGACGAGCUGCCUAAAGUGGCUGGCACUGACGACAGCACAGAAUCAGCAAUGGAGCUGAAUGAAAACGUGCAAAUGAAUGAAGAACUUGGAGCUUCAGCGACCCAUGUUGGAGAAUUAAUUACGGAUGGGGUUGGCGAAGAUGCAAAACCAACUGAGAGUGUUACUUCUGUAGAGAAAGAUUCAAAUAUUGUCUUUGUUGAACCAGCCCUUCCAAAGGAAAGCAGUGACAUCAGCAGUACAGACCAAACAAAGAGAGUAGAAGACUCAUUAGAAGAGAUCAGUCUAUUUUUGGAAGACACAGACGAAGUCCUCAACUGCGAACCAAAAGCAGCACAAGCUGAGCCGAAAAAGACGUUUGAUUUGCUGGAAGUGUUUGACACUCACGUGAGCAGCGACGAAGAAAAACCAAAAGAGAAAUCGCCUGAAAAAGCAAAGGUACUGCUUACAAGAGCACAGUUUCUGGAAAAGCUGAGGAAUUCCAAGCCUGUCAGACUGUCUGGUGGCCCAAGUGAAAUCAUCGAUCUUUCAAAUCCUUCGGAGUUGAGUAAAGAUGGUAUCCACGAUUUGAAAGAAAGGUUUAUUCGAAACGUAACAGCUGGGAAGAAAAAGAGCCUUGAUCCAAAACAGGAAGGUCUCCUCAACUUGAUGAAGGCAGGAGAGAAAAUCGGAGACGAGGUAGACAUGAGUGCUCAGCCAGGAUCCAGGAUGUGCAUGUUCAAGUCCGAACUGCAAGAGUCGAUUGCCAAGCAGAGGAAAGAGGAUUUUAAGCAAAGGCAGAAUGAGUACAAGAUGUAUGAGGACGAGACUGACGAACUUCUUGGAAAUGAUUUUGGAGAUGAUGAGAAGGAGGAAAAGGACAUUGAUGAAUUUGAUCCUCACCUUGCUAACGAAACUGAGUCGGAGCCAGAGCUUGAAGAUGAUGAGGAAUUUGCAAAAUCGGAGAAGCCCAGAGUCAAGUCAGCAUUUGUAGAAGAGGAAGCUGAAGAAGAUGAAAUAGAGGAUGAAGAUGCCCCAUUAAAAAUGGACGAGGAUUGUGCUGAUGAUGAGGAUGAUGACGACGACGCAGAUGAUGAAGAAGACUGUGAUGAAGAAAGUGCUGAGGAAGACGAUAGUGAUAGACUUACAACAUCGACACCUGGAGCAAAGAAACAGUUCUCCAGAAUCAUAAGAAUUGAAGACUCUGAUGAUGAAGAUGAGACAGAUAUGAAGAAGGCUGAAGGAAAAACACUGCUUAACCACAGUAAAGUUUGUGAAAAUGACAAGAUGGAUGACUCCAAUGGUUCAAUGCUGAACACAUCCGUCAACUUGUCAACUACUAGUAUUUUGGAUUCCCCACAGACGAUUGGAAACUAUUCCAAAGGGAAAAGUGACAUGAAAAUGAUGGGCGAUCUAUAUGAUCCCACUCAGCCAACUCGAACAAUAGGAUUAAUUUCAAGUGGAAUCACUCAACUGUUUGAGGAUGCCGAAGAGGAAGGCAUUGCUUCUGAAAAAUCAUUUGAUUUGAACACAUCAGCCUUGAGAUCUCCUGCUAACCUUGAUAAGUUCAACUUUGACGUUAACUCUCCAACUACAGAUCUCGAAGCUCUUUGUUCUGGUCAAUUCUUAACCGCACCAAGCGACCAGACUCAAAACGAUGCCUCUGUACCAGCUGGACUGGUCAAUUUGGUCUCCAGUGAAGCCUCGCAGCCUGCAAAUGUGGCCGACCUUUGCUCUGGACAAUUUGUCACGCAAGUUGAGGUGAAAAAAUCAGGCUUCAGUGGACUCGUUUGCUCCCCUGCCUUGGACACACAAAAUUUGGAAAGUCUUUGUUCUGGGCAGUUUAUUACCCAAGCAGAGACAAAGAACCAGAGCAUCAGUGGUCUUGACGCUGAGGAGGUAGAGACGGCAAACUUGGAGAGCCUCUGCUCUGGACAGUUUGUUACUCAGCCCAGCAAUGGAGCUCCCAAGGAUUUGCAAGAGCUGAUUGACGGUGAAACAAAAGCUGAGGACACGCAGGACUUGGCUGCCCUUUGUUCUGGAAAUUUUGUUACGCAGGCUGACACUAAUAACACUGAAGAUGAACCUCCAGCAGAGGAAAUUGGAUCCCCUCAACCUGAAUCCCAUGGAGCAAAACUAGUAAUAUCUUCUGACGACGAUGGUGAUGAAGUUGAAGCCAAGCCCAAAGGGAAAAAGCUGAAGAAGAAAAAGAAGAAGAGAAAGCUAGAAUUUUCUGAUGACGAAGAAGAUGAUGAAAAUGUCGAGAGUGAAGCAGAGGAGGGUGCCGAUUUUAGCCUUGUGGACUACGACUCUGAAGAGAAUGAAGUGGUUAUUCAACCUGGACAGCUGAAGAGCAAAGCUGCCAAGUUCUUUGAAGCAGAGGCUGAACUCAGUGGCUCUGACUGGGAAAGUGCUGAUGAGGAUGAGAGGGGUUUGGAUGAUUUCGAAGAAGAACUUGGAGAUCAAGAGCAGAUUGAUGAAGAUAACGUUAAAGAACAGCUUGGCCAAAUCCAUGCGCGUCGUUUACUCGAUGAUGACAAGCGUGACAUUCGACUUUUCCAAGAAGCUUUCCUUGAAGAUGGAGAUUUGCACGCCGAAGGGGGCGGCAGGCAGAAGCUGUUCAGAUGGAAAAACACAGAUGAUGGAGACUGGCAAGGUGGUUGUAACCCAAAUUUGUCUGGUGACGAGGGUUUGAAUGACGACGAUGAGGACGAUGCGGCUUGGAGGACAAUGCGAUUGGAGAGAGAGAACUGGCUCAAAGAAAAUAGUUCUCAAGAGAUAACUUUGGACACCAAUGACCAAAAUAGCAAGCUGCUCAGCUACGGCAAAAACGUACUUGCAAAGAUAAAUGGAGCAAAGCUCAAAGCUCAGCUACCACAGCAGAACGAGGCUGAGAAGAAACAACAGCAGCCAUUGCAUGUAAAAUCGCCAGGAAAAGCUAUUCUUCAAAGGCUACAGGGCAAAAGCGGCUCCUUUUUCUCAAGGAAGAAAAUCUCGCUCAAUAAAGUUGUACAAAUCACUGGCGCUGACAAUGACGGCAUCGUUUCGAAUAUCAGUAAAGGAAACUUUGUAUUUUCAACAAUCAGUCCGUCAAGCUUAAAGGGACCUGCGAAUGAGAAUGCUGAUGUAUCCUUUGAGGACGCCUCGCCGCAACCAGUGAAGGCCAAGAAACGAGAAGCUGCAAAAAAUACAUCUACCAAUCCCAGAGUAAAAAGGCAGAAGGUCUCGAACAGCAUUUUCAAACUCCUUUAAGUCACAAUGUACAUUGAUUGCUCUAAGUUUGUUGCGUGUCCAUAAGAUUAUAUAAUUCAUUUUUUUAAAUAAAAUUCAACAAUAUAUUUUAA